AUGCGCACGCUCACCGGCGCGUCUCCUCCCUUCGAUUUCGCGCCUCUCUCCGUCGUCUCCUUCGGAUCCACCGUCAUCGCCGAGGGCUGCGACGCCGCUACCUCCGUCUCGUGGAUCCACGCCUGGACCGUGUCGCAUGGGAUAAUCACUCAGGUGAGGGAGUACUCGAACACGUCUCUCACCGUCACGAGGAUCGGUGACGUUGUCGCGGGAAGGUCUGCUGAGAUUGCGAGGUCGCAUUGCCCUUCCGUGUGGGAAAGUAAAUUCUCGGGUCGGGCUGGUAAAUCUGUACCGGGUCUGGUUCUGGCGAUUUGA